CUCAGCUCAGGGCGGAGGGCGGUUUUGACGCUCGGUGUUUCGUGUUUUAUUCGACGACAUCGACGCGGAUAGCCACAAUCUGAGGGAGGUCACGGCGUUUCUGACUGAAAUGUGAUCCCGUUUUACCGAUUGGUUCGGUUAAUGCUUCACAGAAGAUUCCACCAACCUGUAAUUGAAGGAUGCAACCCAGGCAAUUGUUUUUCAUUUGAAUGUCUACUUUUUAAUGUCUUUACCUGAGAUGACGUUUCAAAUUUGGCACCAUGGUAGUGAUGGAUGUGGACCCUGGACCUGCAGAACAAUGCUCUCUUCAGCAAAGUGGUUCUUGAAGCUUUUUGAAGAAAUAAUAAAAUACUACCUUAAAUGCAUUUAUCAGUAGCACUGUUCCAAAGCAUUAACUAUCCAAACGUAGACACUGAAAAUACACGUAUUGAAAAUGCUUAAGGGCUUUGUGUUCCUAUUUCAUAAUCUGCUGAUUAGAUUUCUACUGCAUUCUCAAGCCUCUCACAUACUGGAUUGUACACCAAGAAAAACUGUGAAUUAUGAAGAUGCAAACUUGAAAAUAUUUGCUGAACAAGGAAUCUCCAAUUAUUCAACACUGCUGUUGAGUGAAGAACAUGACCUGUUGUUAGUAGGAGCUAGAGAUGCCAUUUUCGCCCUCAAUAUUGAAAACAUUUCAGACUGUGUUUCACAAGAGAUGUGGCCUGUCUCUGAACAGAAACAGAAAGAAUGCAUGUACAAAGGAAAGUCGCAAGAGACUGAUUGCCGUAACUAUAUACGCAUUCUCCACUGGUUAAGUAAAACUAGAAUGUACGUCUGUGGAACAAAUGCAUUUCAACCAACAUGUGAUAAUUUGGUUAUUAACAAUGGCAAAAUCCAGCUGGAAAAAAAUCCUGAAGAAAGUAAAGGACAGUGUCCAUUUGACCCUACUCAGAAGUAUGCAUCUGUAAUGGUCGAUGGAGAAUUUUACUCUGCAACAGCAAAUAACUUUCUUGGUUCUGAGCCAAUUCUGCUCCGUAGCCUGAAAAACAACCUGAGGACAGAGUACAAAACUUCAUGGCUAAAUGAACCGAAUUUUAUAUAUUUGGAUGUGAUUCAAGAGAGUAAAGAUGCUACUGAUGGAGAUGAUGAUAAGAUUUACCUAUUCUUCAGUGAAACAGCUGUUGAGUUUGAAUUCUACAAUAAGCUACUGGUUUCAAGAAUUGCACGAGUAUGUAAGGGAGAUCUAGGUGGCCAGCGAACUCUCCAGAGGAAGUGGACCACCUUCCUGAAAGCCAGUCUAAUGUGUUCUGCUCCUGAGAUAAACUUUCCAUUUAACAUCAUUCAAGAUGUCUUUGUGUUGAGGGCAACAAACUGGAGAAACAAUAUUUUCUAUGCAGUUUUUACUCCACAGUGGGGGAAGCAAGACAUGUCUGCAGUUUGUGCCUUUGGAAUGUCAAAAAUUCAGGAGGUGUUCAAUGCAGGAAAAUUCAAAUCACCUAUAACGGUAGAACAAUCUCGCGUCAAGUGGGUGAUGUACAGUGGAACAGUUCCUGUCCCUCGCCCAGGUGCUUGUAUCAACAGUAAUAUCCGUCAGAGUGGCUUCAAGACUUCACUAGAUCUACCAGACAAAACACUCCAAUUUGUUAGGGAUCACCCUUUAAUGGAUGAUUUAGUGACCCCCAUCAACAACCGACCCAAAUUAAUAAAGCAGGGUGUGAAGUACACCCAGAUAGUUGUGGAUAGAGUUACAGCUGCCAACCUGAAAGAAUACGAUGUCAUUUUUCUGGGAACAGAUAGCGGAUACCUGCACAAAGCCCUUAGCUUGGAGAGAGAGAUGUUUAUUAUUGAGGAGGUGCAGCUGUUCCUUUCUGCAGAGCCAGUACAAAACUUGCAGCUUUCUUCAAAAAGGGGUCAGUUGUAUGUUGGAUCCCCAUCAGUGGUUGCACAAGUGCCUGUUGCCAUUUGCACUCAAUAUAUCGACUGUUGGGACUGUGUACUGUCCAGAGACCCUUACUGUGGAUGGGAUAAAAUGACAAGCCAAUGUGUUUACAUUUCAAAGAAAAAUAUUGAUAUACAGAAUUUAGUUCAGAAUAUAGAGAAUGGAGAUCCUUCAAAAUGUCCUAGCCAUGAAAUGUAUAAAGCAGAAAAACAAAUAAUUAUUCCUGGAAACAACAUGGUUUUGAAUUGUUAUCCUGCGUCUAACUUGGCUCAAAUGCAAUGGUUACACAAAAGAAGAGCAAUUCCAGCAGUAGAUUCACGAUACUUCCAUUUCAAUGUUGGUUUAAUAAUAUUUAAUGUUUCUGCAGAAGAUGAAGGACAGUAUGACUGCCUCUCUGUUGAAACAGUGGCUGGUAAACUACUUUCACAAGUCACAGCAAGUUAUUUUCUCUACUCAUCCACAUAUAAAUCUAGAGUAGAUCAACAUCCAGUUCCAACUAAGACUGAUCUUGGUGCUAAAUCAGCUGGUGUGCCAACCUCACCAGGCAAUACUGUUCGCAGAGGCAACUUGCCAAUGAUACAAAAUUACCUUCAAACUGAAUUAACAUUGAAAGGUUUCCUAGUACUCUUCAUCAUGAUGUUUGUACUUCUUCUUGCAUGGAAUAUUUAUAAAGGUCAUGUGCCGAUUCCAUUGCGACCAUCUGGAAAUGAAAAUGCAAGAAGAGCACCAGCUACCAUCUUGAACAACUCAGUGCAGCAGCUGGAGGAGAAAACAACCCUGUCGGAAGGUCCUCAAUUGAAGGGUGCACUGAACAAUGUUGACCUUCCACUUACAAGUAUCAGCGAUGCAAAUCCACUUGAGAAAAAUAGCAACAAUAAUUCUGUACCACUAGAGAAUGCUAACUCCAGCUGUGCUAGACCAUUGCUUGUUCUUGAUGAAUUGGAAUACAUUGAUGCUGAUCAGACUGAAUCAAAAGCCUAAGCCUAAGGAAAUGACAAAAUCCACAUGCCAAGAAUAUUGGGUAAUGCAGUGUAGCUUUUUCCAUCCUCUCCAUACCACCUCUCCCACAUACAUAAUCUUAUGAAAGAGACUGUUUUACCUGGACUUAUGUUAAUGUGGAAGAAUGAGCCAUGUAUAUUCAAUAAGAGACUGUAUAUCAUUAUAAGUCCUGUAAAGGCCAAGGUAAUAUAUAUUAUGUAUAUUUCACCCCAGGAGAAAAACAAUAUUCUUUUGGUCUAUGGCAUAUAUUUUUUAAAACUCUUAACUUAAAAGUACCAGGAGUUUUUAAUAUCUGGGUACUAUUGGCCUAGUUAGGUGUUUAUAUACUCCCAUCAAGCUUGUUUGAAAGCACUGUGGAUUGUCAAUAAGGAUUAAGUUGUAGCCUUAAUUCUCAUACACAUGUGGUGAGAUUAGCUGAUCCCUGGGAAUGUGGAAUCACUGAAUUUCUCCAUGUGUGUGUUCUAUACAAAUACUUAUGUGACUAUGAUUGAAUCUUGCUCUGUUUUUCUCUAGUUUGUGUCCUUCCAUGUAGUACUAAAAUGUGUGUGAUUUAAUGUUUAACAUUCAUAUAAUCACAAUGAAUACACAUUUGUCAAACGUUUAGUUUUAUGACUGAUAUUGGCAUAAACUAUUUUAAUACAGAAUAUAAGAAUUUAUUAAGAACAGGAGAAAAGCACUGUCUAACAAGCCUAUUAGUUCAACCUCUAUGUCUUAUCAUCACAUAUCUCAGUCCUUUCUCAUUUCUAAUUGUCUCUUGAAUGCACUUCUGCCAUCACUUCAAUAGUCUAGCUUGUGAACCCAUAACAAUAUUCUGUGACACUUUAGAUGAAAUUGUCCUGCCUUCUUUAUUCUUUCCUUUUGUUUAUUUAACUUUAGACCUUUGGUACUGAAUCAGUCACCACAGUGCUAUCUAUAAGCAAAACUAACAGAUAUCCAAGAGCAAAUCCCCAUAUUUCCUUGGCCAGUUAGGCAGCAUUCAGAUUGAGUUAAACAGGGUAGAAUGUCCAAGAAAUAUUUAAUGUCCAAGGAUUUAUAUGGUUUCAACUGAGACAUCAGGUAAAAGGAUGCUCUCCAAUUUUUGUUUGCACUUCAGUCCCACACUCCUGAUCUUUGGGCACUGAGUACAGAGGACCUGUUCAUGGGACUGCUCCUGGCAUGGACAAGGUGGCAUUCAGAGGUCUAGGCAAGAAGUUGUUGAGGGAUUCAUCUAUUUCGACUCCUUGCCCCUCUUCCAAGGUUAUGUUUGUGCAUGGGUGGACCUGGAGAUGAAGCACACUCCACAUCGGCGACUAGUGAAGUGCAUCCAUGUAAUUGAGAAUAACAUUUAAAUUUACUACUGUUUGUUUGAAAAAAAUAUAUUAUUCUAAGGCAUUGGUCAGACUUGUACAAUGUCACAUUUUCACAUUACCAGAGAGGUGGGAAAUGAGCUGUAGUUCCUGCUCUUGUUUGUUUUACAGAGAUUCCUGCUGGAAAGUCCAUCAGCUUUGGACAGGAUCAGGCUAAGUAGGCCCUUCUCCCCUGGUUAAUAUUAGGUUAAUAUUAUGCUUAUGCAUAAAGUACAGUUAGUUGAGCAAGGUGCAGGAACUUUAUCCCUGACUGAGUCAACACCUUCAGGAAAUAAAGGCAGAAAAUAGACAGCAAUAAAUCCCCCCCAAAAAAUCUGCAUAGAAAUGCAUUGCUUGGAUUAACAUAAUUAACACCACCUGUUUUGCCAGUCUCUGUAUAAACAUAGCUUUUCCAUAAUUCUCCCUAAAUCUGAUCCACUCUAAUCAGGACAGGCCUAAACAGUAUUUAGAUUACAGACACUUGAAUUAAACCCCUGUUUGCAGUUAUCCUGCAGAUUAUUUUCACUAAUUCACAGUAAUGUAAACAUGGUCAAAUGUUAACUGCCAAGUAUGUAAUGAACCAGUUUGCAAAGGCAAUUAUCUUGUUUCUUGAAAAUGGAAUGGUGUGAAAUAUGUGUACGAUGUCAAACUUUUCUCUACUGGGAACUAUUUUGAGGACCUGGAAAUAACAAUAUAAUUUUUAAAGUUUCCUUAAGAUUUUUUUAAAGUCAUUAAAUAAAGGAAAAUCUGAUAACUUUGAGCAUCUUAUUGAUGCACCUUCCUUUGGGCAGCUAAUUGGCUAUUGUACUUUUUGAGGUGUAAAUUUAUCUGUUCCUCCU